AUGAGUCAAGAUUGGAAACAAUUAGCUAUUAAAGCUAGAAAAAUUUAUGAUGAUUCACUUCAAGAAACAUUAAAAUUAUUUCCAUUUGAUAAAGCUUUACAAGAUAAAUAUAAUAAUUUACCUUCUGCUAUUGGUAAGGAUACUUCUGAUUAUGGUGCUCCAGCUAAACAUCCAUACAAAGUGUAUUUAUCAACAUUACCAAAAUCGGUUUUAGAUGUUACUGAAAAAGACCCUGCUGAAUUAUUACAAGACUUGAAAAGUAGAAAAAUUACUUGUCUUGAAGUAUUGAAAUGUUAUUUUCAUGCAGCUAUAGUUGCUUCAAAAUUGACAAAUUGUGUUCAAGAAUUUUUACCAAAAGAAGCUCAUGAAUUCGCUAAACAAUUAGAUGAAAAUUAUGAUACAUUAAAAGAUACUCCAUUAUUCGGUUUACCUUUUUCAAUCAAAGAAAUGAUUCCAUUCAAGAAUCGUUCAGUUACUCAUGGUUCGUUAUGUUAUCUUGACAGAAUUGUUGAUUAUAAUGCUGAUAUAGUAAAUAUUUUAUUAAAAAAUGGUGCAUAUCCAUUUGUAAGAACAACUAACCCUCAAUCGUUGAUGAUGCUUGAAUGUGUUUCAUUUAUGCAUGGUAGAACAGUCAACACAUUUAAUUCAGAUUUAACUAGUGGUGGAUCUUCAGGUGGAGAAGGUGUUUUAAAUGGUCUUUAUGCUAGUACUUUUGGUUUAGGUAGUGAUAUUGGUGGAAGUAUAAGAUCUCCUGCUGCUUUCAAUGGUAUUUAUGGGUUAAGAAGUACCUUAGGUAGAUUACCAACUGCAGAUUAUUAUUCUUGUCAAAUGGGUUCAGAAUCAAUUUUAUCAGUAACAGGUCCUUUAUCAAGAUCCUUGAAAAUGAUUGAGUUGGUUAUGAAAACUAUUAUUGAUUCAAAACCAUGGUUGAUUGAUCCUACAUUAGCAUCUAUUGAAUGGAGACCAAAUACUCAAAAGAAAUACAAGAUUGGUAUUUUGAAAUCUGAUAAUAUUGUAAAUCCAUUACCACCAAUUCAAAGAGGUUUGAAAAUCGUUGAAGAAAAGUUGGGUAGAUUACCUAAUAUUGAAUUGAUUGAGUUUGAACCAUAUCAUCAUGAACGAACCAUGCCAAUUUUAGGUAAAUUAUAUUUUGAAGAUGGUGCAAGAGAUUUUAGAAGUACUUUAACUAACGGUGAGCCAUUAUUAGAGCAAACUACUUGGGCAAUUGAUGGGGCUUUAGAUUUAGAUAUUCAAGAACAAUGGAAAUGGAAUUUAGAAAAACAGAAAUAUAGAAAAGAAUAUUUAAAACAUUGGGUUGGUUACGAAAAUUUAGAUGCUGUAAUUGCACCAGUAGGUCCAAAUGUUGCACCAAAACAUAAUACAGCUAGAUACUGGGGGUACACAUGUCAAUGGAAUUUAUUAGAUUAUCCAGUUAUUGUUGUUCCUGUUACAAUCGUAGAUGAAAAAUUGGAUCAAAGAGAUGCAAAUUAUAAACCAUUGAAUGAAAUUGAUGAAUAUAUUUAUAAUGCUUACGAUGAUCCAAAAUCAUUUAGUGAUGCUCCUGUUAAUUUAAGCGUUGUUGGUUUGAGAAAUACAGAUGAGAAACUAAUUGAAAUUGCAAAAAUUUUACAAAAAGAGAUUGGCAAUAUUUUUGAAUAG